ACAAUACACCACUGCCGCCAACAACCAGGAAGUGAAGAAUUGUCUACACCUUCCCAGCCUGACUCCAUAGUAAUGUUUUUGAGUAGGUCUCACACAAGUUAGGAGACAUGGCAGGAAAGAACCAGGAGCUCAACGAAUCCCUCGUCAUCCGCAGCCUCAGGCGGUUUAGAGACAGAUAUUUUCGAACUAGUGAAGCUGUCGAGAAUCGCUUGACACCUGACGACACUUCUGGACUUCUGGACAGUUCACCUGUGGAUGUACAGUUCCUGAUCAUGACCUUUCUCUCGCCGGCUGAUCUCUGCCGCCUUGGAGCCACCAGUCGGUACUGGAGGGCCAUGGUUAGAGAUCCCUUACUGUGGAGAUAUUUCCUUCUCAGAGACAUGCCCCACUGGCCGUCUAUUGACCACGUCUCCAUGCCCCAACUGGAGUGGCUGGAGGCACCCCUGAUCAGUGAAGAGAGGAGCCUGGAUGAUAGGCAAGAGGGGGAAAACAAAGAACCAGAGCCCAAAUUCGAUUAUAUGUCAGAAUACCUGAAGGGCUGCCCAUCCUGCAGGCAACACUGGCUUCCCUCACGGCCAGCGUAUGAGGUGGUGACUUCAUUUCUUCAGUCUCUUGUACUCUCAUCUGAGCCGCGUUAUGCCAUGUUUGGACCAGGCAUGGAGCACUUGGAUGUUUCUCUAGUCACAAGGCUCAUGUAUGCACCUGACGUGCUUCCUGUGUCUGGAACUCCACACAGACAAAUAAACAGUAUUGGCUCAGGAAUUAGUUACAUCUUUAAUAAUCAACACAAAUUUAAUAUCCUGACCCUUUACUCAACCAAUAGGGCAGAGAGGGAAAGAGCCAGAGAGGAGCCACAGAGUGUCAGCAAUAAGCUCUUUACCUUUGGAGGAACAGAUGACUCCGGCCGUCCAAUCUAUAACCCCACUCCUCAAGUCCAGGAAGUAUGCCAGGUGGUGAAUGGUUUCAUCUACGUAGCUAAUGCAGAGCCUGGGAGAGGUGGGGGAGAGUCUGAGGUGGCUCAUAUUCAGGCCUUGCUGAGCUCCACUGCAGCUUCCAAAUCCAAGCCCUUGCUGGUUCUAUCGUGCAUCUCCAGAGAAGAACCAGAAGCAAUUAGGACCACAAGCCAAGAAAAUAGUGCAGAAAGAAACCGGGCCAGAAGUCGAACCCCUUGUGUUGACAUGGCAAAGCAGCUCGGCCUGCCCCAGUUGUCUAAUCCCUGGAUGGUACAGGAUACAGUGGCAGAAUCCCUCUCAGGUCUUCUAGAUGGCAUUUCCUGGUUGCUGAGAUGUUCUGGAGUCAAACUCUAUGGUAGCUAGUUGUGUGACUCUUGCUGCAACCAGAUGAAGUAAAACCCCAGACCUCACGUCUGUGUCAUUUAGACGCUGAGGCGCACUACGACACUUCCCAAAUAAUGUUUACCACAUGUGUCCUCAACCCUCGCCAUGAGAUUGGAACACUGCCCUUUAACUGUAAUGACUGGAUGUGCAGCAAAGGCCAUUUGCUGUUAACGAUGCUUCAUCUGACCAUCAGAGGUGUUCACAGUGACCACAUGAACUGGAUGAGCAUCUAGUUCUACAAAGAAGGUUAGAUGCAGAUCAGAAGAUGAUUUUUCGGACCUGACAUUUUGAUUGUGGCCAUCACACUGUCAGAAUGUAAAAAAGUCAUCAACGAAUCAUCAACGGGUGAAUGUUAAAGAAGUCUGGUAUAAAUGUAAUGCAACUCCAGGAAUAUAUGUGGUUUAUGAAAUUGAGAAGCUGGAAUCAAUGUUGAAUACUUUUGUGUAAUAGUUUUGAAUGCAUUCUACAUAUUUUUGCUACUUCUUUGCUCAAUAACUCAAUAAAUUUAAGUAAUUAAAUAA